AUGUGGGAGGCGAAGCCGGAUGCCGACAUCAUCUCUCUGGCGUCAUGUCGCCUCCGAGGCGGCAGCCACAGCGGGCUCCGGAGGUGCUCGGCCGCGGAGGCGGAGGCGGAACAGCUGAAGGAGCGUGCGUCCCGGCUGCUGGCCAGGCUCUCCGAGGAGCAGCAGCGGCGCGAGGCGGCGAGAGGCGACGCAUCCGCCGCGAGUGUCCCGCUGCCCUGGACAUCCGCGCCCACGUGGCAUGUGGCAGGGCGUGCCGUCGCGUCCCCGCGACCCUUAAGACCCGUGCCCAGAUGGCACGCGGCGGGGCGCGCUGGACUUCCCCGCCUCCUCUUGUCUUCCUCCCUUCCUUGCCUUCCCCCUCCGCCCCCUCCUGCUGCCCCCCUCCACUAUGCCUCUGGAUUGGUUGCGCUGCUCGUCGCCAUCGAGCUUCUCCAGACAAGAUGCCAGCCCGAGGCAGGAGCAACAGGGGAGUGGGCAUAUCGCGCUGGCCCACCCCCAGUCAGCAUCCGGACAUCUCCCUGUGCCACCCUCCCCGUUCUCUCGUACCUAUCCCCCUUUGUCUCUCCUCGAAGCAGGCACGUGUGA